UUUAAAAGGGAUUGCCUUGUGUUUUUUAAGUCUGGAAUUUUAAUCUUUAUCUUUGCUGUGAAUAAUUACCUUGUAAGACAGUAUAUGUAUGUGCCCACACCACGUUGAUUAAAACACCCUUGCUCCAUAAGAGCUUGGGUCCCCCUGUCUUUCUUUCUCUCUCUCUCUCUAUUUCUGGCUGAUUCCCUGGAGCAUGAAAGCUGGCUGCGUAACCCAGGGAAUAUUAGCCUCUUUCCUUCUUUCACUCUCUCAUCGUCAACUCCGGACCACCAGGUUCCGGUCCAAUAAAGGACCAACAAGUGGCGCCCAGAAAUAGGGACUCUGCUACACGUGGCAAGAUUUGGACGGAGGGAUCCAGAGGGCCUAUUGAGACCAGAAUCCUUCGGUCCUUAUUAAUUCCUGAAUUAAGAGGAGAGGCACGCCUUUCCCAGGCUGAGGAAUCCAGGCAUUUCCUUUGUUAGUUUCUCAUUAUGGUGGACAUGCUUCUCCUCCCUUUCUCCAUGUUGCUCCUGCUUCCACAGUCCCAGAGUUCCCUGGGUGAAGAAAUGGAUAUCUAUUCUGAGAAAACACUCACCGAUCCCUGCACCGUGGUUGUGUGUGCCCCACCAGCGGAUAGCCUUCGUGGUCGUGACGGACAAGAUGGAAAAGAAGGCCCCCGGGGGGAGAAGGGGGAUCCAGGGCUUCCAGGCAUGCCUGGUCCAACUGGAAGAGAGGGCCCCUCAGGGAGGCAGGGGAGCAUGGGACCUCCGGGGACACCAGGCCCCAAAGGAGAGACUGGGCCCAAAGGAGGACUGGGUGCCCCAGGCACAGGCUCCCCAGGCCCCGCAGGUCUCAAAGGAGAGAGAGGUGUCCCCAGUGAGCCUGGAGCCCCUGGAGGGCCUGUUGGUCCACAGGGACCUUCAGGUGCCAUGGGUCCCCCAGGACUAAAAGGGGACAGAGGUGAUCCUGGAGAAAAAGGAGCAAAGGGGGAGAGUGCGUUUUCAGAAGUUAAUACUCUGAGGCAGCGGAUGACAAACUUAGAGGGAGAAGUACAACGCCUCCGGAAUACUGUCUCCCAGUAUAGGAAAGCGGCGCUCUUCCCAUCUGGCCUGGCUGUCGGGGAGAAGAUCUUCAAGACAGCAGGUGCUGAAAAAUCAUAUUCGGAUGCCCAGCAAGUCUGCAGAGAGGCUAGGGGACAGCUGGCCUCCCCACGCUCUGCAGCCGAGAACGAGGCUGUGACACAGCUGGUCAGAGUCCAGAACAAGCACGCUUACCUGAUCAUGAAUGACAUCUCCACGGAGGGCAGGUUCACCUACCCCACAGGGGAGUCACUGGUCUAUUCCAACUGGGCCAGUGGGGAGCCCAACAAUAAGGCCAAAGAUGGAGGCCCAGAGAACUGUGUUGAGAUCUAUUCUGAUGGCAAUUGGAAUGACAUAGAAUGCAGUGAGCAGCGCCUCGUGAUCUGCGAGUUCUGAGCCCCCGGGGAGGAAGGGGAAAAUGUCAGGCCUGUGUGCUGCCAACAUCUCAAUAAAAACGUGAACCUCUGCUGCUCACGGCUUCCUCACUGAGCCAUAGGACGAGACCAGAAGGCAGGAUCCUCAGCUCUGGCUCUCUUCUCUUCUUGCACUCCCUCUAGACAUGGGCUCAUUCUCUCCCAUGGUUUCAAAUCCCUUCUAUUGAUGCCUCCCCCAGGUAGAGCCCUGUUUGGACCUCUCUCCAAACCCCAGACUCCUCUAACCAAGGUAUGCUACAGCCCUGGGGCUUGGAGGUCACAGUGGAGGGAAGCACCAGCUUCUCUGGCCAUAUUGAGUGGCCUUACACCCAGUAGAAUCUCCUCACCCUUGACCUUGACCACCCAGGAUCUCUUUCUUCCCAUGACAAUGUGACUGUGGAUGGCUCAUCAGAGAAUGUACAAUUCACAGUCCUAAUCCCUUCUGAAGUUUCAGGCAGAGAGGGUGUCCAGCUAUGUUCAGAUUCAUCCCCCAACCUCUUCCUUCCUUGAAGUACAAGGGAUGUUCAUCUCCACUCUGCCUCAGAGAUAGUUAUUCAAGUGCUUCUCAGUUUAGAGAAAUGGAAAUCAAGACACAGAGAUGAAGGGAACUUGCAUAGGUAGUAAACUCGGAGUUAGUGAGCCUCUGGGCUGGACAACUGGUGUUUGUCAAUUCGAGUAAAAUUCAAGUUUUAUUCUCACCUAGACACUCCAAGGACAAAGCUAGUGGCAAAAGCUGAGCUUUGCUAAA